UCAAAGAAGUAUGAAUGUGCUAAGCACCUCAACGUCCACUGCAAUCCCUCCAUUUCCGUCACCCAAUACUACUACUACUCUUCCAAAUUCUAGAAACUUAAAAAACCAUUCUCUUUUAAAGAAACUAAAACCCAUCGACCGUCGUUCUCUGCUGAUCUCCCUCGCCUUCUCCACCACUCCUUUCUUCCUCGCCAGUUCUCUGCUCGAAUCUCCACCGGUCGCAGAUGCCCAAGGCCUUUUCCAAAUGCCCCCAGUUCGCCUCAACAAUCGGUACUAUCUGGUUCGGGCUGGCGAGUCAGAAUUUGAGAAUCUUGGGAUAAUUAAUACGAACCCAGUUGCAAAGACGUCUAUGGAUAGCGGUCUCUCAGAAGUUGGGAAGAAGCAGAUGAUUAGGGCCGCUUUGGAGCUGAAAGAGAUGAGGGCCUGCGAAGGAAGUUGCUGGAUUUGGCCUUCCAUCACUCAGAGAGCUUACCAGGCUGCUGAGAUCAUUGCCUCCGUCAAUGGGAUUAAUCACAGUAAUAUUGUUCCAGAGUACAGUUUCUUGGAUGCUCGUGGCUUGGGAGCUUACGAAGGAAAGAAACUGAAUGCCCUUGCAGAGGUGUACACAUUAGAUGGUAUUUCACCAAGCAUCAAGCCACCUCCUAUUGAUGAUGGGACUCCAAAUGAAAGUAUCUCUGAUGUGUUUGUUCGAGUAACACAGCUCAUGUCUAUUCUGGAAACCCAAUAUUCUGGGGAUACAGUGAUUAUUGUUUCACCAGAUUCCGACAACUUGACCGUCUUGCAAGCUGGAUUAGUUGGACUUGAUCUUCGCAGGCAUAGAGAUCUGUCCUUUGGACCUGGUGAAGUUAGAUUUGUUGAUGCCAUGAGCAUACCUACUUACAAGCAACCAGCCUCUGCUGUAUAUAAGUGUUCAAAACCCCCAAACUGUAACUAAAAACAUCUCUUCAUUUAAUUGUACACAUGCUAAAUUUCAGAUUUGGAGAAGUCUUUAUCCACUGUACAGCUAGCUCACUGCCUUUGGGAUGAUCCUUGGUACACACUUAUCUGAUACACCUUCAUCUGAUUUGAUUUUGUUCAUGUAUAUUUUAUUAGCUAUUAUAAUUACUUCUCAUCAUGGUUA